CGAUGCAAGCGAAGCGGCGAAUCAUCAGAUACCAGGUUUAUAAGAAGGUAUGCAGAGAUCAAGUCUGGGUCCAGUUAUUAUCAGGAUACAACAUAGAAACCUACACUACCAGUAGUAGUCUGAAUCUAAAGAGGAGUCCGAGUCAGGGUCGACCUGCUUCUGGACUUCCCUCCUUGAAUCCUCCAUUGAAAGCAUAUCGCCUUGGUCAAAUUCGGCCGCCCUCCUCGAUUCCAUUUACCCGCUGCGGCGCCCGACUACUCCACCCACGUUAGCUGAGGAACACCUGAAGUGCCAAAAUAUGGGUAUCAUAAAGGGCAACCUGGUGCAUGUAGCAAAAUAUGGGUAUCAUAUAAGAAAAAAUAUAUUAGAUAGUAAUUAGCACCAGAUGUUAUUCCUCAAAUUUCAGUGGUCAGCUGUGUACCCCUGAUUCCAAUCAGUGAACAGCACCUUUUUCCCAUAUAAUUUUCAAUCAAGCACUACACUCUAAAUUUUUCCCCAUUUCGGUCUUCCUAUUUGAUAUAUGGUUCAAAGAAGAUAUAUAUGGUUCAAAGAAGCCACUCAUGCUAUUUGUUUUCCUUUGCACCUAAGGAUACUCCUGCACCUAAGGAUACUCCUGCACCUAAGGAUACUCCUGCACAUUAAGCAUUACCUUUUCUGGGAAAAUAAUAAUUAUGUUAUGAAUUCAUCAUAACUAUCUUUCAAAACAACUUCAUUACAUUGCUUAUAAUAAAAUAAAAGCAGUACCCAUACUACAAUCAAAACCUACCAAAAUAACCUUUGAGGCAAGUGUAAUGAUGACAAAUUAACUACUAAAGAAGUAGGCCAUAGCUCAUAAGUACCCACGAUCACAAACCCUUGUACCAUUGUGCAAUACUCGCAUCAAACCAUCCCUCCUGAAGAUUUUAUACGAGCAACGGGAUUGGGCUAAUGCUACUAGAAGUACUGGAUACUAUAUUCGCCUCCUCAACAUCUAAUCAGCACGCCAGGCAGACUUACACCCCUCGCAUCACGCUUGAAGCAGCCCUACCGAGUCACCAAACCCUGGGGCAAAACCCCACAGAAACGAAUGUCGCGCAAAAGGGCAUCGCGGAUCCACGCCACCACACUUCUCCGACCUCACGGCGCGGAGACGAUCGAAACUGAGGAGGAAGGGGGCUCGGGAGAAGGGGCGGGGCACAUUACGCACGUUGAGG